CUCUGGAUCAGAGACAUGAGUUUUUGACAUAAAAGCAGAAGCUGAGAAGUAGACUAUGAGUUCCUAAACAAAUCAGCCACUUGAUCUUGACUCCAAAUGUGAUUCUCAAAACUGAGAUCCUUAAUUGCUUUAUCCAUUUCCCAUAAUUAAACAACAUCAAUAAUUAACCCACCAUCUCAAAUCUCUCUCUUCAUCCUCUUUCCCCACUUCCCAUCUCUUAUUUGCCUUCAAUCUUCUCCUCUCUCUUCAUGCUUCACAACAAUUUGUUCAAGAAUCUGCAGUUGGCUACUUGGGUUCCUUCUGCUUGUUUAUCUUCAUCUUGAAAUGGAGGCAGUUGGGGGUGAUAUUGAUAGCUAAUUUUGAGCUUGUGUAGAUGUAAAAGUAUAGCUUCUGAUUUCUACCAACAGCACUCAAUAAUGAAACCAUUUCUUGACCUUGAAAAGGAGCCUUCUUGUUUGGCAAAUGAUUCUGACAUUAGUAGCCAAGUUGCUUCUUCCAACUACAUUUCUCCACUCCAUGAAAAUUCUAAUGAUAAUAGCCUCAUAACUAACUCUGCUAACCACAAUCUUGCUGCUGCUCAAUCAGGAUUUGAGUCGGUUUGCCUCGACUUGACUCUCAACUUUAACAUCGAAGAUCACGAAACACGGCCCGAUUCGACAGGAUUUUCAUUGUCAAGCACAAGUGAUCAGAGUAGUAAUGAACCUACAGCAUGUUACAACACUGCAACAAUGGCUGUCCCAAGAGUGUUUUCUUGUAACUACUGUCAACGCAAGUUCUUUAGUUCACAAGCUCUCGGUGGCCACCAAAAUGCACAUAAGCGCGAGCGAACGUUGGCGAAACGGGCGAUGCGUAUGGGGAUUCUAGCUGAAAGAUAUGCAAGUUUAGCAUCUUUACCAUUGAAAGGCUCAUCAUUUAAGUCCUUAGGGAUUAAAGCACACUCUUCAUUGCUCCAUGGAAUCGCUGCACCAAUGAAGCCUACUGAAAUUAGAAGCAGUGCUAGAUUCGAACCGGGACCGGGAUAUCUAGGCAUGCCGAUUUUCUUGGAGGACGACGAAGCAGAAGUUAUGUGGCCAGGUAGUUUUCGUCCAAUGGUAGAAACUAGAAACACUCAUGAACUAACUCGACCAAGUUUCGUAUUGACUGGUAUUUCAAGCAUAAGCUCAGCAGAUAAGACAUCGUCGGAGGACGUAGAAGACUCGACCCCUGAUCUCACACUUAAACUCUAAUCUAAGGGUCCAUAUCAUCACUAUUUCUGCUUUCUCUAUCUGUACAUUGAGUGAGAAAUGGUGGUCUACUGUUGUAAGUUUCAAUCAAACAAAACUUAACUUUCCCAUUUCAAGUACUUGUUAUAUCAGUCUUUUGCUGUGGGUUUGCUAUAAGUAAUUUUCCUUGCUUCAGAAAGACUCAUGUAGAAGCAUUUUCUUGCUUUCUACUCUUUCA